CACUGAUGUGACAGUGAUGAAAGUAUCUGAUCACCUUAUUACUAUAUCAUACUAUUUCUUUCUCUUUCUCUCUCUACAAACCAGUUUCUUGAUCAGUAGCCAUUGAUAUGAUGAAUGAUUCAUGAUGCUCCUCCAUAUAACUCAGACUGAAGCUUGAUAUGUUUGCAGAGAGUUGAAUGAUACUAUGUGGGACUGAAUCCUAUCAUUCGUACAUCAGUAACAGCUAGCAGUACUAUGUAUUGGUUGUUUUUGGCUUUUAUAUAUUGUUUUACACCUCCAUUAAUUUUCCCUUUUUCUGGUUUUCUUGCCUUUUAAGCACCCCUUAAACCCACCCUCUUCAAAAACUAGUAUUUCUUUCUAGCCUUCUCCCCUUCACAAUCUCUCUCCCUCUUUCCUUUCUUCCUUCCUUCCCUCUCUCUCUCUCUCUCUCUACCCAUAUAUCUCUCUCUAGCUACAUCUGCAGAUAGCAUGCCUGAAUGUCCAGAGAAAGGGAGAGAUUUGAUGAGAUAGGGAAGAAGAUCAAGAGAGACAUCGAUGCAUCAUAUCAAUUGGGAAGGAGACAUAUGUUAGGGCUUCCUGGAACCCUAAACACCAUCACUCCUUGUGCUGCGUGUAAGCUAUUACGCCGUAGAUGUGCUCAAGAGUGCCCGUUUUCACCUUAUUUUUCCCCUCAUGAACCUCAAAAGUUUGCAUCUGUUCACAAAGUUUUCGGAGCCAGCAAUGUCUCCAAGUUGCUCAUGGAAGUACCGGAAAAUCAAAGAGCCGAUGCAGCCAAUAGUCUUGUUUACGAAGCAAAUGUAAGGCUAAGAGAUCCGGUUUACGGAUGCAUGGGUGCCAUUUCUGCUUUACAACAUCAAGUACAAUCUCUACAAGCUGAGUUGAAUGCAGUAAGAGCUGAGAUUCUAAGAUACAAGUAUACUGAAACCCACCAUGAUCAUCAUAUUAUUCCUUCUCAUCAUUUAGCUUUGUUUUCUACUGGCGCUGUCCCUGUAACAACUCCACCACCACCUCCGCCGCCUCCACCAUCACCUCUACCACCGCCGCCUCCUCCUCCACCUCCUCCUGCUUCCUCCUCUUCUUCCAUGUACACCCCACCGUCCACCACCACAGAUUACAGCACCAUCACCAACGAUAAUGUCUCCUAUUUCGGUUAAUAGAUUUAAUUUUUUAUGCUUUUUUUUUUCUCUUCAAUUUAAUAUAUGAUUGACGACAAAUAAGACUAGAUUCUUCUCCAUUAGUGAAAAACUGGUGAGACGAUGUUGAGUAUAUUUAAUUAUCAAAUAUUUAUGACAGAUUAAUCCAUCUGUAUCAUCUUUAGAUUCUGUUAAACGUAUGACUUCGCAUUUUAUAAAUAAUAAAUCUGACUUAAUUUCUGUGUAUA